AUGUCAGAACAAGAACCCAAAAUAAUCCCACCCUUCGACCCCGGCGCCUCUCCCUCCGCCACCGAUCCUUGUCCGUUCUGCUCCAUAUCCUCCAGCUAUUCUCCUUUCCCUCCGGAUCAACCCCCCUCAGCAGACUCCCCUUCUAUCGACCCUUUCCAACUCGCGCCCCCGGCUUUCGUCGUACUUUCAACGCCUACGCUCGUCGCUUUCCUCGAUAUAUUACCCCUGUCUAGGGGCCAUCUCCUAUUAUGCCCUCGCGCCCAUCGCUCCAAGUUAACCGAUGUCACAUCCCACGAAGCCGCCGAGCUAGGCGUUUACCUACGCGUACUAUCCGCGGCCCUCGUGCGCGCCACGGGGGUCAAAGACUGGAACGUGGUUCAAAACAAUGGUGCUGCAGCCGCGCAGGUAGUGAAUCAUGUGCACUACCAUCUCAUCCCACGACCCGAGAUACGCGCUAGUGGGAGGUUUAGAGAAAGCUUUACGAUGUUUGGCCGCGGAGUGCGCGAGGAGUUAGACGAUGACGAAGGAGUAGCGUUGGCGGAACAAAUAAGAAGAAGUGUAGCUUUGGUAUUAGAAGAGGAGGCUAGGAAGGGAAAGUUAUGA